AGGCAAUCACAUUAAUUGGACAGGUACCUGAGCGCGGGCGGACCUAGCUAACCUUGAGCAGCUAGUCCACGGUUAUCAAGAAUAAAAUGGAAGGGGUUCAAGGAAGGCAAACGGUCCCGAAAGAGCUAGCGUUAGCGGAUGUUUUUGCGGAGGACUCCGAUAGUGAGCGAACAUUUCACGGCUUUUCUGACCAUGAAAUCAGCGACCAUUGCCAUAAGAAUUCAAAUUUGGAAGAUGAAGAUGAAGCCAAGCCUGACCUUUCCCCCAAAGAGCAGAAAGCCACAUCAAAACCAUCUUGUGGUGCCCACACCUUCAGACUGAGGGUGGCUCUCCGCUCCGCUGUCUCUACCCAGAAGUCCACUGAUGAUGAGGAGGAGGAGGCAGAGGAGGAAGAACAGAAGACAAAAAAGAGAAGGGUUGAGAAGGCAGGAAAGACCAGUCAGGCAAAGAGGAUGAGACGUGUUAAAUUUGAAGAUGAAGAGUCCGCAGUGGCCCCACCGACUCCUUCUGAGGAGCGUGGAUCCGAUUCAGCCGAUGAUGCAGCUGUUUCUUUCUUGGCCAAGAGGCAACAGAACAUCAAGGCCAAUAAAGCAAUGUUGGCUCAGCUGAUGGCGGACCUGCAGAAGAUGCCAGGAGGUGCAGGGUUUCUGAAAAAACAAGAAGCCAAACAGAAGACAAAAGAGAGAAGUUCUCGUCCACCACGCUCUGGUGCAGCUGGAGGAGAGUCCAGGAAGAACCCAGAGCGGGCGACUCGCAGACAGACCCGCUCUAUGGUGGGAAGUGAGGAUCCUAAAACCCCUAAGGAGGAAGAACUGGAGCUCAGCUUGGAGGAGGAGCUGCUGGAGGUACGCCGAGCCCCACAGCGCAGAGGCGCCCCACGUCCGAACCAGUGCAAACCGCAUAUGAUCCGUCCUGUGGAGGACAUCACAGAGGAUGAGAUUCAGCUGGUCGCAGACAACAUGACUGAAAAAGUCUACAACAGAGUCACAGGCUCCACAUGUCAUCAGUGCCGCCAGAAAACUGUCGACACUAAGACGUGCUGCCGCAGUGAGGACUGUCGAGGGAUUCAGGGUCAGUUCUGUGGGCCGUGCCUGAGGAACAGAUAUGGAGAGGAUGUCAAGAAGGCGCUGCGUGAUCCGGAGUGGAAGUGUCCUCCCUGUCGCGGCAUUUGCAACUGCAGCUUCUGCCGCCAGCGUGAUGGUCGCUGCCCCACUGGCAUCCUGUUCCCCCUGGCUCAAUACCACGGCUUCUCUGACGUCCACUCCUACCUCAGCAGCCUGCGUAACAAACUGAAGAGUGAGGACAACGAUGUAGAGAUGUGAUAUCAACACUAGGGGGAGCAAUUGUUCAAACUAUUGUUUUCUGUGUAAGUUUUGGGUCUGUUUUAUUCAUAGUAAAAACAUACACAACCUGUGAUCUUUAAUGAAUAAAGGAUUGUUUUUAA